AUGAAUCCACCCUCUUCUGACAGCCAGUCCAAACUCCUUCCUGGUAGAACUGAAUCCAUCCACGAGAGACCUCCAAGCAAUUCACCAUCGCUUCCAGCACCACCAUUUGGUGGAUGGAUUCCAAGCGGUACACUACCGCUUCCACCAUCUGGAGAUUCCACCCUCCAGUUUCCUUGGAAAUUGCAUCAGAUGCUGGAAACAGUGGAAACAGAAGGUAAUGCAUCCAUCAUUUCAUGGCUGGCAGUGCACCCGCAAGACACUUUCAAAGUCCAUAAAAAAGAAGAGUUCAUGGAGCAGGUGUUGCCGCGCUUCUUCGAUCAGACCAAAUACAAGUCGUUUCUGCGACAACUGAACCUAUGGGGAUUUGAGAGAGUACUCAAAGGUCCAUGUCGUGGAGGCUAUCGCCACUCAUUAUUCAUCAAGAAUCAGCCUAACUUAUGUAAUCAAAUGAAACGAACGAAGAUAAAGGGUACAAAACAAGGAGAUUCAGGGGACUCCUCACAACAGCAGCUAACGGAAGGGGAACGGCAUAACAUGAUGAUAUCGCAUUUCAGUGACGAGCAUCGAGUGGGGAUCAAAACGAAUGAUCUGUACGACGAAACGUCAUUCGAUACCAUUGAAUAUGAAAAGAUACCAGUUAAUCUUCCGAUUGCCGCGGACCUAUACCGCAUGUAUGAUGAUGAGACGAUUCAUGUUCCGAUUCUUCCGACAGCCGAAGCGGAGGACCCGUACUCCCCCAUCCCACUCUACAGGGUUUAA